AAAAACACAUCGCGUAUGUGCUCGAUAUAGCACACUCAUGUAGUUGUGAAUAUAAUUAUGAGCGCUUUGUUCAUGCACUUAUAUGACAGGGCCUUCAAGUGUAAACGGCAUUAAAAGCGAUAUUUAUUAUUUUACGUAGGCUGUAUGAAAGAUAUCACAAACUAUAUCCUCAAAUAUCUCAAUGUGUCUCUAUUGGCCUUCAUGGAUGGUACAAUCUACCAACCAUCUGGGAUAAAACUAAGUUAAUUUAACAUAGCUCUGUAAACCUGUUGCCUCUAGUCAGGCAUUCGUGCAACGUGGGAUGUCGAAAAGUUGACACCCCACUUUGAUAUUUAUCUUUGCUCAUAUGAGCUUGUAUCCUACUGGACCCGCACUGCGAGCUGUGGUUUAAGGAACAGUCAACAAGCCUAAAAACAAUAACGACAUCGCACCCCACUGAGAGGACGGUAGCAUGAUAGUCGUGGAGGGGAAUCGGCGGAAGACGGCCCGUGUCUGCAUUUUACUUCGCCUGCACCGAAUCCAUUGAGUCGGUAACCACCAGUGUCCGAAAUGGGGAAGGAGGUAAACGGUGUUUCGCGGAGUCGGUUUGAGAUGUUCACAAAUAGUGAUGAGGCGGUCAUCAAUAAGAAGCUGCCCAAGGAGCUGUUGCUACGAAUCUUCUCCUUUCUGGAUGUGGUGACACUCUGUCGCUGUGCCCAGGUCUCACGGUCCUGGAACGUUCUGGCCUUGGAUGGCAGCAACUGGCAACGGAUCGACCUCUUCGACUUUCAGAGGGACAUUGAGGGCCGGGUGGUCGAGAACAUCUCGAAGCGAUGUGGGGGGUUCCUCAGGAAGCUGAGCCUGCGGGGUUGUCUGGGUGUGGGUGACAGCGCCCUGAGGACUUUUUCGCAGAACUGCAGGAACAUCGAGCUGCUUAGUCUGAACGGCUGUACCAAAAUUACUGACAGCACGUGUAAUAGCCUCAGUAAGUUCUGUCCAAAGCUAAAGCACCUGGACCUCGCCUCCUGUACCUCAAUCACCAACCUGUCACUCAAAGCUCUCAGUGAGGGUUGUCCCCUGCUGGAGCAGCUCAACAUCUCCUGGUGUGAUCAGGUUACCAAGGAUGGCAUCCAGGCCCUGGUGCGCUGCUGUCCUGGGCUCAAAGGCCUUUUCCUCAAGGGAUGCACACAGUUAGAGGACGAGGCCCUGAAGCAUAUCGGGGCUCACUGUCCGGAGCUGGUCACACUCAACCUGCAGACAUGUUCACAGAUCACAGAUGAGGGCCUCAUCACAAUCUGCAGGGGUUGUCACCGCCUUCAGUCUCUCUGUGUGUCGGGUUGCGCCAACAUCACAGACGCCAUUCUGCACGCCCUGGGACAGAACUGCCCUCGCCUCAGAAUACUAGAAGUGGCUCGCUGCUCUCAGCUUACAGAUGUGGGCUUCACUACGUUAGCGAGGAAUUGUCAUGAGCUUGAGAAAAUGGAUUUAGAAGAAUGUGUGCAGAUCACAGAUGGAACGCUCAUCCAGCUGUCCAUCCAUUGUCCUCGUUUGCAAGUCCUGAGCCUGUCUCACUGUGAGCUGAUCACGGAUGACGGCAUCAGACACCUGGGCAGCGGACCCUGCGCUCACGACCGUUUGGAGGUGAUCGAGCUGGACAACUGCCCCCUCAUCACAGAUGCCUCGCUGGAGCACCUGAAGAACUGCCAUAGUCUGGAUCGCAUUGAGCUCUACGACUGCCAGCAGAUCACCCGCGCAGGCAUCAAGAGACUAAGGACCCAUCUGCCUAACAUCAAAGUGCAUGCGUACUUUGCUCCCGUCACUCCGCCCCCCUCUGUCGGGGGCAGCCGUCAGAGGUUUUGCCGCUGUUGCAUCCUGCUAUGAUGUAAAGACAACCAACCCCCCUUUCCUCUUCCUCAUACACGCUUCCCGCAGCUCGUCACUUGACCCCUGACCUGCUGUCCUCCUCCUGGCGCCCCGACAUAAGAGUACGUGCUGGUGUGCCUCCCUGCCCCUCCCCACCCUUUUGAGCUGCAGAGAGAGGGAGAGAGCCAAAACAUCCUACACGAUCUUGGGUAACUUUCCCCAGAAACAUUCCCCAAUCUCUCCUCCACAACAAUACAGUUGAUGCACAGCAGACUUUCGGAUGUGCACACACACAUAUCUAAACACACGGAUUUACGCUUCGAAGAAUGUCAGAACAUUCCUGGUCUGUGAUCAGUGAACAAACAACUAGUACAAAGAGGGUUAUAUACAAAUAAAAAGUGGUCCCUACGGUUUAAGGGAUUUACCUCUCAAUCAUAAAAAGUAAAUAUUAACCUUCACAUCAGAAACCAUUCUUCUGUAUUUGAGAGGAGUGAUACUAUUUACUUAUUUAGCACUUUGAGACAGAUUACAGUCAUAGCCUCUAAACUGAAUAUUGAAAAAGCCCUCUUAACCUCUCACAAAUACUUCCCUCGGUGUUAACAGCUACCUCUAGACGGGAACUGCACUUGAGUAGAUCCUGUGUUAGCUUUGUUCUGCAGUUCAUGUUGAAAAGAGUAGCGAUGCAGCGAGUAAACUGCCGACACCUCCAACACACACACACAUGCACACACAUAGAAAGCAGCAGAAAGCCUAUUUUUGUGAUUUAAAAGAAAAAAAACUUGCAGCUAUUUGCACUUACAGUAAAGCAAUGAUGAGACACUUUAAAAAGAUGACCAUCUGAGAAUCUAAGUCUAAUCUAAGACUGUCAUUUUACUAACAACACACACAAAUCUCCAUGCACACACUGAGCUUGCUACACCUGUGCCCUCACCUCUCUCUGUCUCUCUGUUACAAUCAGAUGCUUCAAUAUACUGAAGAGGAAAAAAAAAAAGACAAAGUUUGAUAUUUUUCUAAAAAUGGACCCCAAUUAAGACUCACAAGUUGGGACUCGAAAAGAUGCCAAAUGAUGCAUGUAACACCUCUAGUUUUUUAAAAUCUAAUUGUAAAUAUAUGUGGACUGCGGAGUCCGAGAGUCAAAGCCAGCUAAACGACAGAUGAUGAUAUGAGAUCAGGGCAGAGGUUUCUGUCAGUGCGUCGCUCCGAGGGAACUAUGGCGAAGCUCGCACAUGCUUGUUAAAGUGUGUUUGAAAUAUGUGCUGGCGCUUAAUAGACCAUCAGAAUGAGCCGACACUUAAUCUGGAGUUUGACAGAAUAGUCUAGACGGAUUUCAGAAAAAAGGCCUUUUAUAAGAAGUAAGGAGCAUUUAUGGGUACAAGUCGGGAACCGGCCUACCUUACAUAUUUCAAGGGUGCUGAGUCCAAAAAAACCGGUACCCGGGUGAAAUUUUGAGGUUUUGACCUUCUAAUUUGCAUAUUAAAAUGGCCGCCAAAUUGCCCAUCUUGCACAGUUAUUGGACCAUUUCCUCCUAGUUUUUUUUGUAAGUAGGCAAUCAAGAUGAGGAAAUUAAGUUUCUAGAUCGAUAGUCAAGGGUCAAACAAGGAUAUAGUGGAGGCUCAGUGCCUUUUUUAUGUAUAUAUAUAUGCAAAAUACCAACUUUUAAGGUGAAAUUAAGCAUUAUUUGUGUCAUUUUUUAAGGCCGACAUAAAUAUUAAAUAAAAGUUACUCUGAAAUUUU